CUCAUCGCUACUGACGGUUUCAUCCGCCAAUGGAUUUCCUUAUUUGGCAAUGUUCAUUACCCACCCACCGAAAGAAAGCAAGAGAGUUAGUUGAUCGCGACAGUUUUGCCAGGCCAGCUUGGGAAGCGUAAUGUAACGCAGAAACGACAGCACAUCUGACCUAGAACACGUGUGGAAACAAAAGAAAAGAGAAAAGCAGAGCAACAAUGGACGAGUCCUUUGACCCACUAAAGUGCACUGAGGAGCUACCCUCCUCUCCAGGGUGCAACAUGGAUUUCGACGACAUGCCAGAGCUCCAGGAGGUGGACGAGGACAGGAGGUCCUCUGAGAUGUUCCGGGUGGGGGCGGGGGUCUCCCACCAGGAGUUGGGCACCUCCCCCAGCAACAACUGGCUGGCGGAGCUCGCCAAUAUAGCAACCAGCCCCCAGAGCCCCCUCCUCAAAGACGCCCCCCACAAGAGAUCGUCCCCGGUCCACAUCUUCGGCAGCAGCAACAGUUUACAUUCCUACGCCCGCCCGCCGCUGGCCAGCAGCGCCCCCACCCCAUCGAGGAUGCACCUGAGAGACCGCCGACGCGUCAGGGCCAGCAGUGAGUCCGAGUCCGGGGUCUUCUCCAUGUCUUCAUCGUUCUCAGACGACGAAGACAUGGCGUGGUCCCGCUCCUGGCCCUCCACAGCCUGGCAUUGCUUCCUGAAAGGCACCCGCCUGCGCUUCCACCGCGGCUCCAACGUGGAGUGGCAGGACGCCGACGACCUCCGAGACUCUGACGACGACUCCGACGACGAGUCCAUGAUGGUGUGCACCUCCCUCAAGAGCUACGGGUCGGAGGGGCUCCGGUUGGUGGACCACGAGGAGGCCGUGUCUGUGGCCCAGGUGGUGCUCAAACUGACCUUUGACCCCGGCUCAACCACCAAUGGCCUUUUAACAGCGGAAUGUCGACUGGACCACCCGUUUUUCGUCAAAAAUAAAGGGUGGGCUUCCUUCUACCCCAGCCUCACCGUGGUGCAUCAUGGGAUCCCCUGCUAUGAGAUGCAGGUGGGUGACCUGUGUCUUCCCCCCAACCACCCGGAUGCCAUUAACUGUGACGACUCGGUGGUCUUCGACACUUUCAGGAGUUAUGACUUCACCCCGCUGGACUCCUCAGCCGUGUACGUGUUGAGCAACAUGGCUCGCCAGCGCAGGACCUCCCAGUCCAGCGGGGGCGCUGUGAGCCCAGACUGUGAUAAGUUUGAGCGCGCCGGCUCCCCGCAGUCCUCCAACAGCAAAUCAGGCAGGGGCCAGGCUUCGGGAACGGCCGUCGUCGCCGUGCCGACAAAAUGCAAGCGGCCAAUGAAUGCGUUCAUGCUCUUCGCUAAGAAGUACAGAGUCGAGUACACCCAGAUGUAUCCCGGCAAGGAUAACAGAGCCAUCAGCGUGAUCCUGGGGGACAAGUGGAAGAAGAUGAAGAGCGAGGAGAGGAGGAUGUACACCCUGGAGGCCAAGGUCCUGGCCGAGGAGCAGAAGCGCCUCAACCCGGACUGCUGGAAGCGCAAGAGGACCAACUCGGGCUCCCAGCAGACCUAGAUGAGCCCCACGACCUGCUCAGGUGUUGCUGGUGUGAUACGGAGGAGAAGCCCUUUAGAAACACACCGCUUAAAGCCUGAACACAGCUCUGCGCCCGCAUCGAUGAGUUACAACUGUGAUGCAGAACGUAUACACGCAUUUUAUAACCUUUACAAAGAAUACAUUAUAGAGACAACCUUUAAGGGAAAGAAAACGGCAACAUUGAUUACAGAAUAUAUCCCCAAACUGUAAAAUGUAAUCUCAUCACUAACAGUGCUACUAUUUUCCUAUAACUUUUUAUGUCAGAUAUGCCUUUUGUUUUACGUCCUUUUUUAAAAUAAUGGAUCUGCUUCUAUAUAUUUCCAGAUAUUUCAUACUACUCAGAGAUAAACAUGUGGAUAUGUGGUGCUACGCUCAGUGUAGGCUGAGCAAUCUUUUAAACAGCGAGUGUCCAUAAUUGUAAAAUAAUAGUAUGAAACUAUAUUUUGCAACACUUUCUUCUUCCUCUAGCCUCUGCCUCAUUUUGAGGAACAAUCCACAGAUUGGUCAACUUUUUCAUGGAUAAAUGUUGUAAUGCAGUGAAUAAUAAGCAAUUAAACGUCGGUCAGUUGUGUGUGAUUGUGUGUGUGUGUGUGUGUGUGUGGAUGUGCCUGCCUUGACUUGCCAUCCCCUUUCUUCCCACUGGGCUAAACCAUGAAUGGGCCUUGAUGGGGGGGGGAGAGGGGGGUGUGUGCAGGGGAGAGGAGGUAGAACACACACACACACACACACACACACACACACACACACACACACACACACACACACACACACACACACUUACUUACAUACACACUUACCUGCUUACAGACACACACACACACACACACAAAAGUAAACGCGUACAUCAUCAGUAAAUCAGGGCCGGGCCUCACUGUAAGUGUUUAAUCUUUAUUGCACUUUAUAUAAAUAUGUAAUCUAACAUUUACAGCCAUGGUAUGCUCGAGGAAACCAUUUGUAUGAUAUGGUAUAUGAUAUGUAUCUCGAUUCGAUAUUUGACAUGCUGGUGGUGAAGCAGCCCUGCUCUGCUUGCGGGUUUGCUUGAGUUUAUACUGCUUUGUUGAUAAUGUACAGGUUUCACAUACACCCAUCCACCUCUUGCACAGAAUGCCCCUUGUAUUAUAAUAUAAAUACAUUUUUAAAAUUGGCA